UUGUUACUCAUCAUCUACAACAAGUGGACGCCGCGAACUCAAUCUCCGUGAUAAUGAAAAUAUUGGUAUAUCUUAUACUUCUCUAUUUUUCUUCGAUAAUUAAAGCAGAACAAUGGUGUACAAGGGACAUUUAUGAUACCUUAUUUUGGAAAAAUUCUCAAGAAGAUUUACAUGUUCUAGUUCUUUGGUUUCCUGUACGUGAAAGUAUGCACAGUAACCUGACAAUGUGCUCCAGCGCUAAAGGGCAACCUAUUCAACGUCAUUGCAUGCAUAAUUAUGAAAGUCCAACUGCAAAUGCCACGUGGACGGAGAUUGACAAAAAUGAGACAAUACUUGAGUGUACAUCAAUUAUCAAUUAUUGUUUUCCUAUGAGUUUUAAACAUGUUUUCAUGUCGAAAAAUAAGGUAGUAAGUAACCACACUAAUUCGUGGCUACCGGGACAAUUGGGUGAAUACAGCAGAACAAAGGAUUUGUGUUUGCUCGAAAAUGGUCUUCCUCUAACACGCAAGUGCAUCUAUAAUCCCCUGGAACACGUGGCUGAUUGGGAAAGAAGGAAUAUGUCCAACACCAUAUGUUUGCGUGAUACUAAUCAGCAUAUAGUGACUCAUGAUCUGGAUGUAUUAUAUAAAGAAGUACAACAACAGGACAGAGAUCCCAUGCAGGAUAAUCCAAAAGCCAUCAACAAAUUAGCCGAUAUUCUAACCAAGGAAAAUACUGUAAGAAUAGCUGCCGAUUUGAGAAUAUCUACCAGCAUUUUGAAGGAAAUCACCACCACAGAUCAGCAGCCGGAAAUGGUGCCCAAGAUUCUGGCUGCAACUGAUCUCCUGUUGAAGAGUAAUGAAAGUGUUGUCACCACCUCUGUGGAGUUGGGUACACCCACCCAACUCAUAAAAACUGUUGAUAAUUAUGUUGACAAAAUGGCCAAUGUGAUAAUGGCAAACUCCAAAUGUCCAGCCAAUCCCAGUGGGGUGAUAAAAAUUAUCAAAGAUCUUGUCAAUAUUUUUUACAUAAACCCCUUGUGCUCGAAUAUUUCUGGCAUAGCGUUUUACAAUUUUGAAAAUCCAAAUUUGAAAAGAAACUUUGGCAAUAGUUUGUUCUACGAUUCAGAUUCCAAAAAAUUUUAUCGCUACUUAUAUUUGAAUCAAUCGCAAGAGGAUUUUUCUCAAGAUGGUGAUAUUGAGGCUGCAGUCUAUUUGCCUGAGGAGGUCUACAAAAAAAUUGUGAAUGAUGCAGAUAGGGGAAUGAAAAUGGAAACUAUGGUCAUCUCCUUAUAUAGGACACCAAACUUUUUCAUUGAUGAGACAAUUAAUAGGACAAAAGCUGAGAACAUUGUCUUAAAACUUUCAAUUCCCAAUUUUAAAGCUGAACUUCCCGGAAAUAUACCGCAAAUCUUUCAACGGCCCCACACAAAUGACACAGAACAGCCGCAAUGCGUUAGUUGGGACUUAAAAACGUGGAUUUCAUCAGGAUUCGCGUUGUCCAUACAUAAAAACCUGGUACUAUGCCAUACCAAGAGCAUCACCUCGUUUGGUGCCAUUCUAGGAUUGCAUCGUGGUCAAAAUGUCAACACCUCUACCAAAGUUCUCACAGUAAUGAUGGAUAUAGCUCAGGACUUUGUAUCCCUUCUUGGCUGUUGUCUUUCACUCAUUGGCCUUUGCUGUAUAUGGAUAACGGCCAUGUGUUGCAAACGUUGGAGAUCUGAUUCAUCCAACAAAUUCCUGUUGAAUAUGUGUCUGGUACUAACAUUGCUGAUGUCCUAUUUUCUUUUCAUCAACUUGCCCGAUCUACGAAAUCGAGUGGUGAAUGUAGAGAAUUUACAACACUGCAUCAUCGAAGGGGCCUUUUUGCAAUACAUAAUUCUGGUGCUCUUUCUGUGGAUGCUUUUUUUGGCCAUUUUACAAUAUCAACGCUAUGUCACUGUCGUUGCAGUCAGAAGGUCAGCACACUUUAUGGUAAACUAUAUGUUGACCGCCUGGAGUGUACCCAUAAUUCCCACAGCUUUGGUUAUCCUUUUCGAUAAUAAGUCGUACACACCUUUGGGCACGGGCGACGCUGCCAUAUGCUAUCCCACUGGUCUAAGUUUCUAUAUAACUGUGUUAUUGCCAAUCUCUUUGAUGUCCUUGGCCAAUCUGACAAUCUUCGUUUAUAUACUCUGCAGUCUUCGAAAUUCUAUGAGUAAAUUCCAUCACACUGAACAGAAAAAGAAACUUGAGAUACAAGUAAGGCUUUCCAUACUGCUGUUCUUUCUGUUGGGCAUAUCAUGGCUUUUUGGCAUACUGGCUCAUGUGGAUACUAGUCAUGUACUCUCGAUGCUAUUCUGUUUGACAUCUACUCUGCAAGGAUUUGUACUGUUCGUGUAUUUUGUGGUCAUAGAUAAGAUCGCCCGCGAUUCAUGGCUGGGAUUCUUUUCUGGCAGGGAUUAUUACACAUUGGAAAAUAGUUCCACGGCUACUUCACCACCGAUUUCACCGCCGCUAUCAAUAAGUUAUUCUAAGAAACGGUUUACUUUUUAAUUACUCAGAAGAGAACUAUUUGUAGCCAAAUAAUAUGCAAAAUAAAUACGCAAAUUGCCUUUUUA